UCACGGAAACUGAAACUUAAGAGCAGCUGAGCUGUCCUGUGUUUGUUUCUCUGUAAUUGUGCAGUAAAAUGGCAGAAGCCAGAUUUUCUCAGGAUGAGUUCUUGUGUGCAGUGUGUCUGGAUCUCCUGAAGGAUCCUGUAACUACUUCCUGUGGACACAGUUACUGUAAGAUCUGUAUUACAGGCUGCUGGGAUCAGGAGGAUCAGAAGAGAGUCUACAGCUGUCCUCAGUGCAGACAGACCUUCAGCCCACGACCUGAUUUAGCUAGAAACACCAUGCUGGCUGAAGUGGUGGAGAAACUGAAGAAGACCAGACUCUCUGCUGACUGUGACGCUGGAGCUGGAGAUGUUCAGUGUGAUGUCUGCACUGACACAAAGUACAAAGCCGUCAAGUCUUGUCUGGUGUGUCUGAACUCUUACUGUCAGAACCACCUUGAACAGCAUGAGACUUUCUUUAAAGGAAAGAGACACAAUCUGACUGAAGCCACUGGACGACUGCAGGAGAUGAUCUGCCAGAAACACGUGAAGCUCCUUGAGGUUUUCUGUCGCACUGACCAGAAGUGUAUUUGUGUGCUGUGUAUGGAUGAACAUAAAAACCAUGACACUGAGUCAGCGGCAGCACAGAGGGCAGAGAAACAGAAACAGUUAAAGGACAUUCAGAGAACAAUCCAGCAGAGAAUUCAGCAGAGAGAGAAAUCUCUUCAGCAGCUGAGAGAGGCUGUGGAGUCUCAUAAGUGCUCGGCACAAACAGCAGUGGAGGACAGUGAGAGGAUCUUUACUGAGCUCAUCCGCUCCAUUGAGAGACACCGCUCUGAGGUGACACAGCUGAUCAGAGAUCAGGAAAAGACUGCAGUGAGUCGAGCUGAAGAACAACUGGAGCAACUGGAGCAGGAGAUCAAUGAUCUGAGGAAGAGAGACGCUGAGCUGGAACAGCUUUCACACACAAGGGAUCACGUCCUUUACCUGCAGAUUUCCCAGGCUCUAUCGGCACCAGCUGAAACUACAGACAUGCCCAACAUUCCCUUCAGUUCUCCCUUCUGUUUUGAUGGUGUGAGAGAAUUUGUCCAACAGUUGAGAGACAAAUUGGAGGAUUUCUGCAAAGAUGAGCUCAAAAAGAUCUCUGACAGAGUCACAUUCACCAACAUUGUUCCCUUGACCAGGAAUGACUUCUUACAAUAUUCCCAUCAGCUCACUCUUGAUCUGAACACAGUGAGCAAAUUCCUCCAUUUGUCUAAGAGGAACAGAGUGAUUACCUUCAGUAAAACCUUCCAGCCGUAUCCUGAUCAUCCAGAGAGAUUUGAUGAUGUGUGUCAGGUGUUGUGUAGAGAGAGUGUGUGUGGACGCUGUUACUGGGAAAUUGAGUGGAGAGGACGAGAUGGGGUGCAUGUAUCAAUCUCAUAUAAGAGCAUCAGCAGGAAGGGAGACGGUUAUAAGAGCUGGUUUGGACGUAAUGAUCAGUCCUGGAGUUUGUUCUGCUCUUCUGACAGAUGCUCCUUCAUACACAAUGACAUACAGACUGAUCUCCCUUUGAAUCCCAUCAGCAGUAGAAUAGGAGUAUUUGUGGAUCACAGCGCAGGAACUCUGUCCUUCUACAGCGUCUCGGACACAAUGAGUCUCAUCCACACAGUCCAGACCACAUUCACUCAGCCGCUCUAUCCUGGGUUUAUCACUUCUUUUGGAUCAUAUGUGAAACUGUGUUGAUAAAUCAGAAAAGAUUCUAGCCAUACUCAGAGUUGGGAUGUAACAAAAUACAUGCAAAAAUCCCCCGUGUUAAAUGUACACUGCUCUGCAUCGGUCCAUUCUCAGAGUGUUAAAAGUAUCACUGAAGCAGUGGUUAGUUCACAUUACACAGUAUUUCACUAAACAAAGAAUCUCCAACAACUCGGUCUCAUAUGCGAAACACAUACACAACGGCGAUAAGGGAAUAAAUUAAAAUUAUGCAUUUAAAAGACGCUUCCAUCCAAAGCGACUUACACUAUGCACUAUUCAAGCUAACAGUUUUUACCUAACGUGUUCCCUGGGAAUCGGACCCACAACCUUGCGCUGCUUGACGCAAUGCUCUACCACUUGAGCCACAGGAAUGAAGUAAGAUUACAACUCCUGCCUCUGAAAUUUCCCCUUCCCUUGUAUUUUGCUCUCUCUUUGACUGUAGGUCAUAUGUAUACAUUAUGAUUUAUGUAUACAUUAUGAUUUAAUACAUUGUGAUGCACCAUAAUAUAAUUGAAUCUAGAUUUAAAAUGACCAAAGAGAAAGCCAAACUGGACCACAAUCACCCAGCAUGUCUUCACGCAGAAAUCAGCGCUUUGUCCUUGGCAAAUCCAGCCCAUGAGUUCACCCAUGAAUGUUUUGCUGAGGUCAGGGCCUUAAAUUAGAGUAAAUAAUAAAUAAAACAGGAAAGAAGCAAAUAAUAAUAGAUAUUAUUGAGUAUACGUACUGCAAAUGCAUUUAACAAUUAAUCUUUCAUGUUUUCUUUUUUUGGGGGGUAGAAAAUAUAAAAACAACCUCUUAAAGUGAUUUGUAUUCCCAAAUGAUUGAUAUAAAUAUAUUAAUGGUACCAUUUAUAAAACAUUCUGACAAAACACAAAUUGUGAAGUAAAUUAAUUAUUAUUUAUUAAUUGUUUUAGCUAUAUCAUGGCUACCAUUAACUUCUUUGUUUCUCUUUUAUUUUUUUUCUUAGCUAAAUCUUGGUAACAAAUUAAUACAAUUCACAGAUUCAAAAUAAAAUGAAGGAAUUUUUCUAUAAAAGGGAUCAAAACAUUCUUCAUUCACCACUUUGUAAUACCAUUUAAGGUAAGAGCCUGUGGGUAAAAACUUUUUGAAUUUGAAGAUCAGGGUACAUUUAAUUUAUUUUGUCUUUUGAGGAACAUAUCUUCUGUGGCUUCUAAAGGGCAGUACUAAAUGACAAAAAUAUGAUGUUUAGGCUAAAUAAGAAAAAUGUACACAUCUUCAUUCUGUUCAAAAGUUUUCACCCCUCUUAAAGCAUGGUUUUCCCUUCUGGAGCAUUAAUGAGCAUUUGAUCCUUCUGUAAUAGUCCCUCAUUUGUCCUCAGUGUGAAAAGAUGGAUCUCAAAAAUUUAUGAAUGGGGUAAUUUUUUAUAAAUUCAACUAUUAUUUUCUCUUGUAAACUAUUUGUAAACCUCUUAUUAAGGCCAGUACCAAAUAUUUUGGUAAAUAACUUAUAUUUUGCAAGUUCUGCAAGGUGUAUGUAAACUUCUGACUUGAACUGUGUUAAACAUGUAAUGUUGCUACAUAUUUCAAAUAUGAAUAACUGUAUGUUGUUAUAGUUUUGUUAUAUGUUGUAAUCAAGAAAAAAUAAAUACAUAAAUGGUUCACACUCUAAAAAUGUAAUUUUGAAGUCAGUUAUUAAGACAGAUGUUUCAUCUAACAGUGAAGAAGUUUAAUCGCCUGUUUAGACUUGGUAAACAUUUUCAAAGGACAUUUUUUGAGUGCAGACCAUUUCGCUGUUGAUAUUCAGAUGCUUUACACCCAAAUCAGCUGGUGGAGCCUGGUGAUUGUGUUGAUUGUUAUAAUUACACUUUAAGUGGCUCGUAAUCAAAUUACAGUUAAAAAAAGUUUUUCUUACAUUUGUUACACAUGUCACAUUUCAUUUAAAUAAUGUAAACUCUUUAAAAUGUUUUAAACAAAGAGUCAGUUGGUCAUUUUCUUAAUGUUUAUGUUGUGGGAUGCCAAAUAGACUCUUACACAUGACUGUAAACUCUUCAUUUAUGCUCUUAUGUCUUCAUCUCUACUUGUAUUUACUCAUUUCUUCAAAUGUAUUUUAUAUAGCCAUUUACAUGCUGUUAAUUGUAUUUACUUGUUUACAUGCUUUUAAUUUGUAUUAUGUUUCUUUUGUUGAUUAAUGUUAUGCUGUGUUCUCUGUGGUCUUCAAAAGUUAGAGGUAAAGGAAGGUCUCCAACUCAAGUUUUUCAGCAUCACAGGAUGAUGCUUUGGUAUUUGUUGAAUUUGUGCUUUUUGGAGAAAUCUGACUGAACAUCAAAAAUACAUUACUAAGAUUAUUUAACCACUUUGCCAUAGUAACAUUCAGUAAAAUCGCUUGCAUUCAUCAUUCUUAUGCACUUCACUUCCUCAUCCAUUCAUGGAAUUCAUUUCGUAAAGUAUCUUUUUGUUAAUAAACUUUAUUUUAUUACGCUUGUGUUUUUACUUAUAUUGAUAAUGCACAGCAGAAAGAAUAAAGGCAUAUAUAUAUU